AUGGGGUGGAAGGAGAGAGGGAGAGAGAAGCGUGCCGUGGCGGGUGGCAGCACGCGUGCAGGCCACGUGACCAAGUGGCCAAACAUGCCACCAACAAUCUGGUCGUUUGCGACUCUUACAACGAUUAAAACUAGGUUUAUGACGGUUUUCCCCAUGUUCCCGAUCAUCCCUCAGCACUUAGCUGGGCGGCUGUCUCUGCCCCGCCCACAAGACGCCCGGGGUGCCAAGACGCUGGUGGUGGCCGCCCAGGGCGUCCCAGCCUACACCGCCUCCCCGCCCAUCCCUUUGGAAGACGUCGUGACUGGAAAACUGGACAGAAAUAAGAUUGAACUUGUAGUGAACAAAAACGGAGAGUUGACUAUGGAAGACACCCCCUGUUGGAGCUGGCUACGUCACGUCCGAGUGUCCCCAGACUGUCAUAGCUACAACACGUUGGUGCAUAGGGUACAAAAUGUCUCCACCAGUGUAGCCAGCCGAACAGACUCCUUCCCCAGUGCUACUAACUAUGUAACCUUACAAACUGUCCGGGAACUUCAGCUUGGAGAGGAAUUGUGCAUUUGGUUUGAUGAGGAGGUCUUGGCAGCAGCUGGAAUACCGUUUCUUACGCCAAUGAAUAUACAAGGAGAGAAAAACUACACUUGUCAUCGGUGCAGAAAAUAUUUCGAGUUCCCAAACCCUCUGAAGAUCCAUCUGGCACUUGAGUGUGGAACAAUGAGAAGAGUUGAGUUGUGGAAGAGAUUGUCAAAAACACAAGAGGGUCUUCCCACUAGUGAAUUCAAACUUUGCGAACUAAAAUUGAAAAGUGUUUUUAACUUCAAAGAUCACCCCAAAGCUUUCAACAGUCCAAAUUCUCCAGAAAACAGCAAUCUUUCAACGUCAUCUGAUCCAGCAUUCUUCACCCUAAAAUCUGAAGAGAUAGAAAGACCUCAUUCAGAACCAGUUUCCGAGAGGCAUUCUGCUUUCAAGCCUUACUUGACUUUGAAAAUUCCAAAAAGCGACUCAACAGAAUAUACUACUAGCUCUCUACCACAUGUACCGAGUAAUUUGAUUUUUUCACAUUCUCCAUACGCAGCUCAGAGCUUAUCAAAGAUGGAAAUGCAUUCGUUCUCCUCGAUAGCAUUGAACGAUAAGAACAGCACGGCUAUGAUUGAUCAGCAGGCAGUAGAGAUGGAAACUUUGGUCAGUAACCUGGGCAGAUCAAAACAAGGGCAUCUCUGCAUCUACUGUGGCAAAGUGUACUCCAGAAAGUAUGGGCUGAAGAUUCAUAUAAGGACACACACAGGCUUCAAACCUCUGAAGUGCAAAUACUGUCUUAGACCUUUUGGAGAUCCCAGCAACCUCAACAAACACGUGCGUUUACAUGCAGAGGGAGAUACUCCUUAUAAAUGUGAGGAGUGCGGAAAGGUACUGGUAAGAAGGAGAGAUCUAGAGCGACAUAUCAAGUCUAGACACCAACCCGAUGACAGUGCAUGAGUCAACUGCUAUGUACAGUGUAUAUUGUAACAAUAGGUAGCAUUUUAUAAGAUCAAACUAAA